GUGGGAAACAUGUCAUGAGAGGUGAUGACACAGCCACGGAGACAUAUCCACAUCCUCACUGACUCCCAAGUUCACUGCCCGCCGCCGCUGCCUCUGCUGCUGCCGCUGCGUCCCAGAGAGGAGAGACAGCGAGAGCAAGAGACAGCCUCCAUUCCCUGGCUGCCUCCAUCUCUUCCUUUCUUUUUUUCCACUUUAUGUGCGGAUGAUGGGAUUUUAAUCAUGUGGAAGACGGCUGAGCGGCUCUUCUGGAAUUCGCUGACCCUGCGCCUGGUCCCGCGUGGCCUCCUCUGAGCAGGAUGGACACUCUGGAGUCAGAGCUGACCUGUCCAAUCUGCCUGGAGCUUUUUGAAGACCCGCUACUGCUCCCCUGCGCUCACAGCUUGUGCUUCGGCUGCGCCCAUCGCAUCCUCAUCUCCCACUGCGCCACCAACGAAUCCGUCCAGAGCAUCGGCGCCUUCCAGUGUCCCACCUGUAGAUAUGUCAUUUCCCUGAGUCCGGAGCGCGGACUAGAAGGACUCAAGAGAAACGUGACCCUGCAGAACAUUAUCGAUAGAGUUCAGCGGGCCUCAUCUUCGGCCGGGGUGUCCCUGCCGCUGCCCGCGCCCCACAGCGGGCCCAACUCUCCCGGCGAGGAAGGGAGCGACCGGCUGGCGCUGGUCCCGUUCAGCGCCGCCAUGUCCAGCCCGGUCAUGCCUCCUGAGCCGGUCCAGUGCCAGUUCUGUGAGCAGGACCCGCCGCAGGACGCCGUCAAAACGUGCGUGACGUGCGAGGUGUCGUACUGCGAGGAGUGCCUCAGGGCCACGCACCCCAACAAGAAGCCGUUCACCGGCCACCGGCUCAUCGAGCCCAUGCCGGACUCCCACCUCAGGGGGCUUCAGUGCCUGGAGCACGACGAGGAGAAGGUCAACAUGUACUGUGUCACGGACGAUCAGCUCAUCUGCUCGCUGUGCAAGCUGGUGGGGAGGCACAGGGACCACCAGGUGGCGGCCCUGAGCGACCGCUACGAGAAACUCAAGCAAGCCCUGGACUCCAACCUCACCAACUUGAUCAAGAGGAACAACGAGCUGGAGUCUCUUAUGGGGAAAAUGAUCCAGACUUGUCAACAUGUAGAGGUGAACGCGUCCCGCCAGGAGGGCAAGCUGCUGGAGGAGUGCGACGUGCUGAUCGAGAUCAUCCAGCAGAGGAGGCAGAUCAUCGGCAACAAGAUCAAGGAGGGGAAGGCGCAAAGGAUCCGGAAGCUCGCCCAACAGAUCUCCAACUGCAAGCAGUGCAUCGAGAGGUCCUCCGCCCUCAUCACGCAGGCCGAUCAGACGCUCAAGGAAACCGACCACGCUCGCUUCCUGCAGACCGCAAAGAGCAUCAACGAGAGGGUUUCCAUGGCGAAUGCAUCCACCCAAGUGCUGAUUCCUGAGAUACACCUAACGGACACCUUUGACACGGUGGCCCUGGACUUCACCAGGGAGAAGAAGUUGCUGGAGAAUCUGGAUUACCUCACAGCUCCAAGCGCUCCGUGCAUAAGGGAGGAGCUGUGCACCGCGUCGUAUGACACCAUCUCUGUGCACUGGACGUCUGACGACGAGUUCACCGUGGUGUCCUAUGAGCUCCAGUACGCCAUCUUCACUGGGCAGUCUAACAUUGCCAGUUUGUGCAACUCACUGGAGAGCUGGAUGAUUGUCCCCAACAUCAAGCAGAACCACUACACGGUGCACGGCCUGCAGAGCGGCACAAAGUACAUCUUUGUCGUCAAGGCCAUCAACCAAGCGGGAAGCCGGAGCAGCGAACCGGGGACGCUGAAGACCAACAGCCAGCCCUUCAAGUUGGACCCCAAAUCGGCCCACAAGAAGCUGAAGGUGUCCCACGACAAUCUGACGGUGGAGCGGGACGAGACCACAUCCAAGAAAGGCCACAGCCAGGAGCGCUUCACCAGCCAGAGCAGCUACGGCGUGGUGGGGAACGUCUACAUCGACAGCGGCCGUCACUACUGGGAGGCUCUGAUCGGAGGGAGCACGUGGUACGCCGUGGGCAUAGCCUACAAGUCGGCCCCCAAGCACGAGUGGAUCGGCAAGAACGCGGCCUCCUGGGUGCUCUGCCGCUGCAACAACUCCUGGGUGGCCCGCCACAACAGCAAGGAGCUGGCCAUCGAGCCCUCGCCCCACCUGCGGCGCGUCGGCGUCCUGCUCGACUACGACGCCGGCGACGUGACCUUCUACGACGCCGUGAGCUCGCAGCACCUGCACACCUUCCACGUGGCCUUCGCCCAGCCCGUGUGUCCCGUGUUCAACGUGUGGAACAAGUGUCUGACGAUCCUCACCGGGCUGCCCAUCCCCGACCACCUGGAGGGGCUGGAGCCCGAAAACUGAGAAGCGGGCGGACGGACGGGGAUCGAUCGGCAUGAACUGGUCUUAAUUAUCUUAAAGCUGCACUGGGGCACGUUUGGGAUCAUCUGUCAGCAUCCCAUCCUUUUGAAUGUGUUCAAAUCCGCUCCUUUUGCCUAAAUUCUGGACAUUCUUUGCUUAAUUAGUACAAAAAUAUAAACAGCAGCUUGCGACUCAAACGUGUCUAAAUAUUUGCGACCAUUGUUGCGAAAUUACCUAAUGCAGCUUUUUAAAGAAAAAUAAGAUGUUGGGUGUGUCUAAAAAUGUUUUGAAGACGACGUGGCGCUGGUUCAUGUCGUCUUCGACGGCGAGUGACAGACCUUUUUCAAGGUGGUUGACAGGAAGCCGGUCCAUCCAGAAGAAACCACCACGAACGGACAGAUGUGAGGCACAAGUUGAUACUCUCAUGCACUUUGGGCAAUGACGGGCGCAUUGGCACCACGGUAACAGGAAAACAAGCCACAAAGCAAUUUCUAAUUUUCUUCUUUUUUUUUGUUGAUACUAACUUAAUAGCACUUUGAAAACCCCUGAAAGUACACACAUACACCUAACACUGCACACACACACCCCCCCACCCACCCACCACCAGUGUGAACCAACUGUUUGGACUGAGCAGAAUGAUGUAUAUUUCGUAAAUUCAUCACAGACCUCCCCCUUAUCUUUCCCUCAUUCGUUAAAAAGGAACCAAAGUAGCUGUUGCUGUCUGUUCAGAUGUCUUUAAAUAAAUGCGGAAUUAUUUUUUAAAAACCUGAUGACAGAGGAUAUAGAAUCAUGUGGUUAUUAAAUGCAGGAUCCCCUUAAAUGUAGACCUUGUUUUGGUACAUUGCUCACGUUAUUCAUGCUUUUUGUAGCUUCAAAUGUAUUGUGGUGAAAUUAACAUACAAAGUGCUGUGUUCUGUUUGACUUAUUUGUCAAACUCACCUUUAUCUUUUUGCCAGCCAUUAGGAUUGUGUGUCAUACAUUCUAUACGAGUUGAAUUACAGUCGUUUGUUUUAUUAAGGGAUGAAAUGCACAAUAGAGUAUGAUUCCUUCUUAGCGGGACAUAUUUGUGAUGGUGUGCCAAUACUAAAUUGAUUUGCAUCCAACAAAGAGUGUCUUCCCUUUAUUAAAACAUGUCACGUCAUGUUUACUCGGAGGGCUUGUGAAAAUCAAACCCACACGCAGCAUCACCUUCUGGAAGACCAGUUGCACAUUAAUGAUGUCAGUACAUCACUCUUCACUCAUUGGCUCGCCAUUUAAAAGGGAAAAAUAAGGGACAAAAGGCACUCCAAAAAGGUCACGCCCAUAUCAACAAAACCUCCCAAAGGGAUAUUGUCAGUAAUAAAUAGUAUAGUUCAAUAUUGUUCUAUAGUUGAUAUUGUUCAACAGUGUGAAUGCAAACAUCUGGUUGGUAAAGUUCGUUUCAGUACCUGGUACACUUCAAAAAGUACGACGUCAAAUUCUGUCUUUCCUUGGCCGUUCAUUGAACUGUACGUUUUCAUUGUACCCGAUAAAUAUAUACUGCCUAAUUUAAUGUUUCCAUUUGAGCUUGAUGACGUGGUGUUAUUUGUGCCGUCUCUGUGGACACUUUGAUGGAAAGUGGGACGCGGGCGCUUGCAUCACCGCGGUCCGAGAGGAGUCAUUGAAAAGGUCAAAAAUAAACGUCUGCUCCCUUUUCACGUCAAAGUGUGCAAUUCUU